CCCUCUUUCUUCUCUUAACUUUUUAACUUCUUCUUUGCCUUUGCUCCGGGAGAGGCCUCCGACCACCUUGGCAACCCGAGCAUACCUUUCUCGCUCUCUCGCUCCUCUCACUUGCAAACAAAGCUUAUAUGGACACGAAAUCACAACCAGUACUCAAACCCACCUCCACCUCCGGCAAUACAAAGACGACAAGCGGCCAAGCAGCCGUGCAAAUUUUCAAGGUUGCGCUCUUCAUGAUCCGUCGUCGUCAGUCCAAGAAACAAAAAGCGUCCGUCGACAUGGGCGCUGAUCAUAAGGGCUUGUGGCGGCGGCUGUUGGGUUCAGUGCGCCCUCUCCACAUCCAUGGCAACGUAUCACCACCAACUGCUGCUAGAGAUACGUCGUUGCCUCCAUUGAAACGGAAGGAAGAUUUCGAGGAGGCACUAGCAACGCCAUUGCCGUCACAUUCCACUUCACCAUCAUCGUCGUCAGUUUCUCGUACGUCGAGGUGUUCUUCUUUUGGCACAAGCCAAUACGCCUCUGCCACCAACCUUGAAGAACUUGACGACAAUACGGAUGGAGAUGAUGAUGAAAAUGGAGGGGACGAGAUGAUUGAUGCAAAAGCAGAAGAGUUUAUCGCACAAUUUUACGAGCAAAUGAGGCGUCAACGUUACGAUAACUAUUAAGAUGGAAAUGAAAAAGAAAUGAUGUGUUAAUCAAAUAUCUCUACAAGAGGAACACGUAGAGAUGAAGUACGCAUGAAUCCUAUUAUGGAUUCAAUUAUUGUCUUGUUUUUAUUUUCUUAUUUGUUUUGAGUCAAAAGAGACUUAGAGUUUAAGAUAGAAUACUUCAUUCAUCAUUCCUCAAAAACUUGAUGACAAAUAAAGGAAAAAAAAAAAAAAAGAAACACAAACUUUUUUUGUUAAAUUUAUUUUUCAAGUUUUGAUAUGACUCAAUGUAAUUUUGAGGCUUGUUGUAAUGGCUUAUCACUUUUAUAUUGUAUUUUAAACUAAUCUUAAUUAUUUUUC